AUGCAGUGCAUACCAUACUCUUUUUCACUACCCAAGGAGAGACGCGCCAUUAGAUCUCUAUAUCCUCCUGGUGGUGGAUAUGGCUGGUUCACUGUACUGUAUUCUGCCUUUCUUGUGCUUGGGCUGAAGUUUGGUGUAAUCCAGUCUUUUGAAAGGUUUUCCAAUGGGAUUUUACCACCACUUUUACCACCGCUACAAUGGCAGGCAUCCAUCUCUGUAGCAACUGCAUACACCAAAAGUAUGAUCAAGAUCUUUAUGAACACAACAGGUACAAAUCUACGCUAUUCAGCUCCAGUUGGCUCUGCGUUCAGUGCAUGUGUUGGCCACAGAGUUGUGGUGAUGCUGGGAGGACUGCUGAGCAGUGGCAUGGUUGCUGGAGUAUACGCUCAAAAUCUGCUCCAACUUUACAUCACUGUGGGCUUUCGGACAGGUUUUGGAUAUGCUCUGACCUGAACCCCCACUGUAGCCAUGCUGGGCUGCUAUUUUUAGAAGCUGCGGCCUGUUGCCAAAUUUCUUUCCAGCACAGGUGAAUGAAUCGUCACUUUCCUUUUCACACCUUUCUUCCAAUUUCUAGUGGGCCAUUAUUCCUGGAGGGGUGCCAUGCUAGUGUUGGGAGCUGUGCAGCUGCCAUGUGAGUGUGGUGCACUUCUGUGGCCACUGACUAUCCUCUCUGGUGAGCUUUCAACAGAUCCAGGCAGACUCAAUCUACAGUCCCUCUCCCAAAUAGACCAUGAACUCAGUAGACCAGAAGCCCUAAGAAGCAAGAUUCUACACUAUGUGGACUACACAUAGUUACUUGACAACCCUUAUAUCAUGGUUUACUCAUUGUUGUUUGCAAUGUUUGAUUUCUUUGCUCCUGCUCUAUUCCUUGCACCGUAAUGCAAUGCUGUUUUUUUUUUUUUUUGCUGAAGCAAAUGCAUUUUAUUGAAGUGUAGCCAUGACAGUAAUACGCAGCGGUAUCGCCUUCAAAUUUUCUCACUGAAUAAAAAUGCUGCAAAGAUUAUGAGGAUUUAAACUAUGCUCAAUAUGGCAGAAUGCAGAAAGAAAAGCGCCUUAUACAGAAUCCGUCAAAUACUGUACCAUUUCUCUCUCUUCCUCUCUGACAUGGCUGUGUUAAUUUCAUGCAUUAUUGGU